ACAUCCACAAGACAUUUAAACGUACUUAGAUCAUUUUUGCAUAUACCGUGCCAAUAUAUAAAAAAAUGGGAGAGGGGCUGCGGUUGGCUGUAGGAGUCAUGGGCAAUGCAGCUUCUUUGUUACUUUACGCUGCUCCCAUAUUAACUUUCGUUAGGGUGAUAAGAAAAAGAAGCACAGAGGAGUUUUCAUGUGUGCCGUACAUUGUUACACUGGCAAAUUGUCUCAUUUACACUUGGUACGGACUGCCUGUUGUAAGCUAUAAAUGGGAAAAUUUCCCUUUGGUCACCAUCAAUGGUCUCGGCAUUUUCUUCGAAGUCUCUUUCAUUCUCAUUUACUUCCGAUUUUCUGAAUCCAGAACGAAGAUAAAAGUUGCUAUUAGAACGAUCCCCGUCAUCCUAUAUUCCGCGGCCACUGUAGCUAUCUCAUCUUUUGCGUUCCACGAUCACCAUCAUCGCAAAUUAUUUACCGGUAGCGUUGGGCUGCUUGCCUCGGUCGGAAUGUAUGGUUCACCAUUGGUGGUUAUGAAGCAAGUAAUUACAACAAAAAGCGUGGAAUUCAUGCCCUUCUAUUUAUCAUUUUUCUCAUUUCUCGCCAGUUCUCUUUGGCUAGCUUAUGGUCUCUUGAGCCAUGAUCUGUUUAUUGCGUCCCCUAAUUUCCUCGGGGUACCCUUUGGCAUCCUCCAACUUGUAUUGUACAUCAUUUAUAGGAAAAAAAGUGUCAUGGAAGAACCAAAAAAUUGGGAUUUAGAGAAAAAUAAUGAAGACAAGUCCAAGCAAUUGCAGCUACCUGCUGAUAGCGGCAAAAGCUGAAGAUCCAAGGUUGAAACAAGUGUUUAUAAUAAUUGGGAUUCCUUAAUUUUCUGAAGCAUUCUCCAAGCAGAUUAUUAUUGAAAUUAUCUAUGAAAAAUUAUAAAGUUUGAGACAAAUUAUUUUAAAUUUUAGUGCCUUUGACACUAAAUGAUGUGUACUAAUUUUUAAAUUAUCCACCAUCAUGCAGUUAGAGUACUAUUAUUUUAGUGUUAGUUGAAAUGUAUUAGUGAAAUUGUGCAAAUUGUGUAAUGAAUAAAACACAAUAAAUGAUCAGCAAUAUUUGUUCA